AUGGUCAACACGGCGACCACAGAGUCGGCUCGACCCGAGUCGAGAGCGAUUACUGCGGCGGAGCUCCCCGCGAAGCUUGAACAACUGCGCGCUGAAGCAGAGACCGGUGGCGACACGAAGCCCGUCAUAGAGGCCCUGUACGCGUUGGAAAAGAAGUUCCGUUUGGCCGAUGAUGCGAACGCUACAGCGCUGGUAGCUACUGAGAUCGUUCGUCUUGCCUGGCAGCAAGGCCGAGUGCCCGCACUCGUAGAGCACCUGCGACUGCUCAGCCGUCGUCGGGCGCAGCUCAAGCAGGUUGUUGCGACGAUCGUGCGCGAGGGAAUGCAGUACCUCGAUCGAAUAAAAGAUGUUGCGGAGAAACGUGAGCUGUUGGAAGUGCUGCGCGAUAUAUCCAUGGGGAAACUGUUCCUGGAACUGGAGCGUGCGCGUCUCACCAGAAUGCUAGCCGAGCUCAUGGAGCAAGCCGGAGAUAUUAGUGGUGCCGGGCGUGUGCUGAACGAACUCCAGAUUGAAACAUUCGGAAGCAUGGAGCGUCAGGAAAAAUGGACUUUUAUGCUGGAGCAGAUCAGGCUCUGCCUUGAUCUCGAGGACACUGUUCGCGCGCAGAUUAUUGCGAACAAGUUCACAGCCCGAACACUGGUCGACGAGGAGUUCAGGAAGAGCCCCAUCAAGACUAGGUAUUAUAUGCUGAUGAUUCGACUGUAUACAAUGCAGCAGCGUUUGAAGCUCGCGGACGACACCCGUUUCAUUGAUAUUGCCAGGGCAUACCUUGCGCUUGGGGAGGAAUUCCUGGGCAACGCGGCGCUGUAUACGAUCCUUGCUCCCCGGAACCAUGAGCAACACGAUCUGCUGCAUCGAUUGUCCCAACGUCAGCCAUUGCUCGAGAACAAAUCACCGCUCCGUAUAUAUGGCGAACUCCUGUCACUGUUCCGGAUCGAAGAGCUUAUCCGCUGGCCAAUCUUCGUUCAAUCAUACCGCAGUGCGCUGGAGGAGAAGCACCCGGACUUGAACUGGUUGUACUUGCAACGCCGUGUUCACGAGCACAAUCUGCGAGUGAUCGCCAAAUAUUACCGACGGAUUCAUUUGUCUCGUUUGGCUGCGCUUAUGGAAGUCGAUGAGGAUACCGUGGAAGAUCUGCUCUGCGAUGAGAUAACGAGUGGACGGAUAUGGGGCCGCAUCGAUCGUAUCGAUGGUAUCGUGAGUUUUCAAAGGGAACGAAAACCAGAGGAGAUUGUCUCUGAAUGGGCGCAAAACGUCGACGAGGUGCUCGCUUCUGUGGACCGUCUCGAUGAGUUGGUGAACAAGGAACGUCAGCAACGGGCGGUGCCUACGAGCGGUACGAGCUGA